GAUGGGUUUGAAGCCUCGUCCUCCAUUAUCUGAUUUUCUCCCUCCGCUUUCUAUAUAUAACCAUGGCAGCUUCCGUAGAAAUUUCAAUCUUUAAUUGACAGUUCCGAGAGGGAAUCUGUAACCCUAGGAAGAGGAGUUUGGCUACAAAAAUAGGGGCAAUCCUGCUCUUCUUCCGCACCUGCAAAAAAGAAAAGAAGAACAAAACUUGCAUAAUUAUUCGUAAUUUCACCAUCUUUUCUCGAAGAAAGCCUGAUUUCUUAAUAUUGGGGUUUCAAUUUUGAUUUGUUCGUGGUUGAUUUAUAUUGUUGGCGAGCGAAGAAAAGAAAUGGGGACGGAGGUGUUGUGGCCGCAGGAUUUGUUGGGGGAGAGAUUGCGUGGCCCGCACGCGUCGUCUUUCCAGCGCCGGAGGAAUUUUCCGGCGAACGGGAAUCUGACGAAGCUGGUCGUCAAUCGGAGGGCAAACAACGGCAGGAAGACGUCGCCGCGAGGCGAGAAGAAGAGAUCCAACGUCGAUAACGGUGCGGCGACCAACAACAAGCCAGAGACGCGGCGGAAGGACGAAAACGGCGGCGGCGGAGCCGCCGGAAAGGCGAUCGGAAGGGUAACCCUAUUGAGAAGAGGCGAAUCUUUGGAUUCGUUGAUUUCGAAAAAGAGGGGCGGCAGAAACCCUAACCCUAACCCUAGAUCGAAGCCUCAACCGGUCGACGAUCUGGCCGUUUUGGGAACCGGUCGGAUCGGACCGGAGUCGCCGGAAAUGAUGCCGAAUAAGAUCCUCCUAUCUCCACCACCGUCGCUGCCGCCGCCGCCGCCGCGUCCCGUCUACGCCGGAUCGGCCUUUUCCCUAUCUCCAUCUCCAAAGUCAUUACCUCUCCCUUCUUUCUUCAACAAGAAGCAGCAAAAUGGCGCCAGCAGCACAGCAAAUUCAGCCACCGAUUCAGCAACCAGAGACUUGAGGCGUUUGCUUCGUCUCGAUUGAGGUUUCGGUAAAAAGAAAGAAAAAAAAAUCUGUGAAAUUUGAUCUCUGUUUUGUCGGGCUCUGAAUCUUCCAGAACAUCCAUCCCAUCCGUAUAUAUUUUUUUCAACAUACGGGAGACAGGAAAGGGGAUUUUCUGGAUCAGGAUGAGCUCAGGCUCAGGUUCAGCAAUGGCAGAAAAAAAAUCACAAGCUAAGUUUGAUGUGUCUAUCAAUAUAUACAUAUAAUUUAAUUUCUGUAUGGCUCUUUGAUCUGAUCUACUUUUGUAGAUUGAUUUCUGAAUUUGGGGUUUAUAUAAUUAUCUAUAUAUAUAUAUAUGUAUAUACACGCACACAUACAUAUAUAGUUGUUUUAGUCUUGGGGAUCAUAUAUCAUAUCAUAUCAGCAUCCUUCGAUUUGGUUUGGAUUAUGGUUGAAAUUUGGGUUAUGUAUGUAAUGAUUUGCUGCUGUCAUUUUUAAAUUUGUUUGUAUUGUGAGGAGUUGGUGGUGGUGAAGUGGGUUCUGUAAGAUGUAUUGUCGAUGAAAUAAGUUUCAGUAAUAAGAUGACUACUUUGUGGGAGAA